UCCCAGUGUGUUUGUGUUUUGAAUGCAAUAGAAUCGUCUCCAUACACUUACAUUGCUGACACUGCAGCUAUUUGACUGUUACUUUAGGCAAAGAGAACAGCAAACGUGGAAUAACGUUUUUGUGGAGGACAGAAGGGUGGUCUCAGGUCUCAUCAGUGAAACAAUAUCGUUAUCGUAGACAGGGUGAUCUUUACACCGCAAAUCAGAUCGUUUUAAAAGCUAAAUUGUGCUGCCUUCACGGUCGAACGCCCUCUUCAGGCCGAGGCUGACCACGUGACCCGCGCGCCGUCCAAUCCCGUGCCAGAAAAUACGGCUCGUAAUUUUGAACAGACGGAGAACAGCCAGGCAGAGCUGUGUGUGUGUCAUCAAUGCUGCCAUUCAUUAUAUGGUAGCAAAACAUCGGUUAAUUCCUUCCCCGAGUAAUGGAUAUUUGUACAUCUUGUCAUAUCGGAUGAAGGCAAACGUUUUGUGUGAUAAAUAUGAGUUCUCAUGUUAUCACCCCUGGACCGUACCGGGCCACAAAACUGUGGAAUGAGGUGACUCGUUUGUUUCGGGCUGGUAUGCCCAUCAGGAAACACCGCCAGAACUUCCGGCACCACGCCGCCUGCUUCACCGCCUCGGCCGCUGUGGAUUGGAUGCACCAGCUGCUCCGUAGCAACAACAAUUUUGGCCCUGAUGUCACCAGGCAGCAAACGGUGCAGCUCCUGAAGAAGUUUCUGAAGAACCACGUGAUCGAAGAUGUGAAGGGUCGCUGGGGCACAGAGGAUUUGGAGGACAACAACACUCUGUACAGAUUCCCCUCCACUUCUCCUCUGAAGCCCAUUCCCUGUCCAGCCUCGGCCUCAGCCCCUGGCUCUAUUAAGAAAAAAACUUCAUUUAGAGACAAGGAGAGUUUCUUCAGGUUUAGGACUGUUAAGAAGCAGCUUGAGAAGGAGACACAGGAAAAUGUAGAUCCUGCCCUCCAAGCAGAGGGAGAGAACGAGCCAAUAGGAGAGCAGCAGGUGCCGAGACGAGAGCUGACGGUGGAUGAUGAACAGGAGAUCUGGAGAGACAUCACCCUGACCCACCUGCAGAGGAUUCUGGGCGUUGCAUCGCUCGAUGAGGUUUUAGACCAACGUUAUGUAAACCCACAGAACAUCAUCCAUAAUAUGACCAAAGUCAACAAGCAUGGAGUGGUCACACUGGACGACAAGACCAAUGACCUUCCACACUGGGUGUUGUCUGCCAUGAAGAGCCUGGCCAACUGGCCGAAGUACGACAGCGCGCAGCCGUCCUAUCCCGGCUUUGAGAGGGACGUCUUCAAAACGGUGUCUGAUUACUUCUACAGCCUGCCGCAGCCAGUACUCACAUACGAACUGUAUGAACUAUUUAUCAACGUCCUGGUGUUUUGCGGGUACGUCGCGGCGCCCGCCAAACCCCAGCGCGGGAAGCGCAAGAAGCCGGACCUCCCCUCAGUCCCGCCUCCAGCCAAGGCUUCUUUCCGCUCCACCGAAUGCCUCCUCCUGUCGCUGCUCAGACAGGGGACGUGCGACGAGACGGAGUCGCCGAUGAGCGAGGUGAUCGGCGGGAAGCUUCAGUCGCGGCUGGCGGCGCUGGAAGGAGGCGCCGCCGGCGCGGGCGCCGGUCGGUUAGGCGGCAGCUGCGUGAGUCUGGGUACAGUCGGUUCCGCGAGGCCUCGAGCCAGGAGCUACUCGCUGGAAACCAUCCUGGAUGACUCUGCCCCGCUCACCAGGCAACAGCUGUUCCUGUCCAACGACAGCCUGGCAUCCUGCGCCUAUAGCAACCGGUGCCAGGGUGACGGCCCUGUCGUCAUCACAACCCCCCACAGUCACACAGACUCUAAAUCUGCUUCCAAAGCAACCCCCUUAACUUGUGAAGAGGCUCCAGGAGGUCCAACCAGAAGGUGCAGCCGCUCCUUGCGGCCGCGCAGCGUAGGCAGCUGUCUGGACAUCGUCGUAGAAACCAGGGAGGAAGAAGACAAGGAGACCAAGUGGCGGGGCCGGGCAGCCAGCUGCCUCAACGUCAACACUCCUGCAGAGCAGCAUCACUCCUCCCCUGCUUCCCGUCCUCCCUCGUUGCCCUCCUAUCAUUCCUCCUUUUCCUCCCAUCAUCCUUUCGCCCCCUUCCCUCCAUGCGCUUUGGCCAAAGUACACGGGCCCCGUGCUCCUGCAGGACCUAGUGGGCCCAGACCCGCCGCCAGUACCUCUGAUCUUUGGACGCUCCCUGCACCUGCUGUCGCCCGGCGCUGCCUCAGCUCUCUGGAUGUGUCGAAGCCUGUCUCGCUGUUCGCUCCGCCUGUCCGUGUGCCCGCCAGCACCUCCCAGCCCCCCCAACCCAAACCUGAGCACAGUAAGACCCUCUCACCUAAUACCUGUCUUGUGUGUCUGCUUGUCUGUUGAUGUCUAAUCAAACUAACUACAUCUAACCUUCUAACCACUGUUGGUGUGUAAGGUUUCAACUCAGAAAUACAACUUCUGUUGAACUCUAAAAAAAGUCGAAGUCGAAGAGGUGCAGAAAAUGACUUAAAUACGUUGACCAAAGAGAGCACUGGUUCAACGUACAUAGAGCUCAUGUGCAACUUAAGCCUUAGAUUAAAUACUGUAAGGUACGCAACACUUUAUAUGUUGCUUGCUUUUGGCAUGUUUUGUUAUAUUUCAUCUCUGCUGCUUUUGAUUUAUGCAAAACACUUUGCAGCUUUAUCUCUCAGUCCUUUUAUCACUAUUUUUCUGGCACUUGGGCAUUUCAGUUACCAAUUUACCCAUACAAUUUGUUAAAGGUAGAGCAUUGAAUACAAACUCAAUGGAUAGGAGACAAGCUUCUUUUUCUUCUCUUUCAUUAAAGUCAAUACAAACUGUGAAAUCAAAGAAGAAAUAAAUCCUUGUUCACCAACUGUAGAGCUCCAGUGACAGGAAGAUGUAUGAAUGAGAUUACCAUAUUAAUCAUUAGUAUCUCUGCACCGUGCCUCCCAGCCACGACUAGCAGCACUGAGUGUUCCUCGACAGAGCAGCAACAUGGUAAGGGAGGAAGGACAGCCGUCCUAAUGUCUCUCAUGUCGUUAAAUUGCAUCCACUUUCCCUUUUUUACUUCCUUCCCUUUCUCGCGUCUUAAGUCAAACCCACCGAAGAAACAUGGGAGGGACGCGAGGAAAUCAUACGGGAAGAGAGGAAACGAUGAAAUGUUUUAGAGGGGUGAGACGUCCUUUCCCCUGAAGCGUCGUGUGAAUUCGUCAGCUGUAUGGGUGGCGUUAGCAACGGCUUGCGUCUGCUUUGGCUUCCGGAAAAGGCUGCUCUCAUGUCUCCUCGCAGGUCCUUCCUCGCUUCUCGGGGGCAGGAAGGAGGGGCCAGAGCAACUUCUGGGUUCAAGCGAGGAGCUAUCAAAUAAGAGACGUGAGAUUCAGCCCUAGUAGGUCGCAUGGAAUAUUGGAAUAUCGUAAUAAUCAACAUUCUUCCCAUAGCAAAUUUUAUGAGCGACUGUGACUGAAAUGUCCAAGUUCCAGGAGAUAUCCAUGCAGGAACAUGAUGCACAUGGUGCAGUCCUGGAUCAUGGCUAUGAACGGGGGUGUAUGCUUUUAGAUAUUACACAUAAAAUGUCAUAUUUAUCACUCUUCCCUGACUCAUCUUACACGGUAGCUGUAGUUGAUUAAUCCUGUCUCCCAUUCAUCCGUCAGUCCAUUCAUUUGUCUGGUCUACUGAAUGUGAUGUAGCAGUGAUGGAUGAAUGUGGCCAUAACUCGUGAUUCUACUGCGGUGUGUUUCUGUACUGAUUGCGCUACAAACUCCCCCAGUCUCUGUCAUUAUCUGUGUGUGUGUGUGUGU